AUGACUUCAUUUGGGGCAACAAAUGUAGUUCGGGAAAGUUUUAUGCCAACUUUCAAGAUGCAAGGACAAAUAUAUCAUAGAUCAGGUUCACUAUUACCAGUGUCAGAUAGCAACUACAAAUUCUUACAAAUUUAUUUUAUGGGCAAUUCAACACAAGAAAUUGAUAUGCGUUUUGCAAACAACAAUUUAAUUACAGCGCCAGAUACCGAUAAUAGAAGCAAUUUAGGUAGAAUAACCCGAAAUGCUACCAACCAAGCUAAUUACCGAUCUAACCAAAGUCCACAAGAACGUGACGACCGAAAUGAACGUGAAAUAAUUCGGAUAUCACAAACGCGUGAAGUGCGAACGCGAAAUUCAACUAAUAAUCGCGCAAACAUGAAUCGAGCUGCUUUUAGUUACGAUGUGUCAAUUGACUACAGUAACUACCAGUGUGUUGUUAUUGGUUCUAUGAACUCAGUUUGCUCAUAUUGUAAGGCUUUGAAAUACAAAAACGAGGCCAAUGGAAUAGGAACAGAUUCCAUACACUUUUUGACAAAUAUCCAACAAUAUAACAAUUGCUUUCAAAUGACUUCAUUUGGGGCAACAAAUGUAGUUCGGAAAAGUUUUAUGCCAACUUUCAAGAUGCAAGGACAAAUAUAUCAUAGAUCAGGUUCACUAUUACCAGUGUCAGAUAGCAACUACAAAUUCUUACAAAUUUAUUUUAUAGGCAAUUCAACACAAGAAAUUGAUAUGCGUUGUGCAAACAACAAUUUAGUAAAGAGGUAUAUUGUAGAACAAUUACAAACUUUAUUUCAUGAACACAAUCAAUUGAUUAUAUUGUUUAAAACUGCACUGGAUAUGAUGCCAUCUGAUAAUUACAAAAUUGUAAUCAAAGCUGAUAAAACACCUGCAGGUCAACAUGCAAGACGUUUUAAUGCACCAACCAUUGAUGAAGUUGCUGUCGUUGUAGUUGGAGAAAACUUGGAAUCCCGUGAUAUUGUUUUACAUCGUCGGAAUGAUCGAUUACAAAGUAUAAAUGAAACACACCGCUCAUAUGAUGCACUACAAUAUCCCAUUAUAUUUUGGCAAGGUUCUGAAACAAACAAAAAAGUCAGUUCAAUGAACUAUUAUUCAUACCGCCUAAUGAUUCAGGAAAAUGAAGACAAUCACAUAUUAAAAUGUCGGCGAUUAUAUCACAAAUAUGUUGUUGAUAUGUAUGUUAAAAUUGAAACGGGGAAAUUAUCAUUCAUCAGGUUGAAUCAGACCAAACUCCGAUCUGAAGAGUAUAUUCACCUUCGAGAUGCGAUUGAUACUGAUGGAAAUGCACAGAAUGUUGGUUGGAUGAUUAUUCUUCCAGCAACAUACAUCGGAAGCCCUCGACAUAUGCACGAAUAUGCUCAAGAUGCCAUGUCGUAUGUUCGUCAUUAUGGUACAGCAGAUUUGUUCAUCACAUUUACAUGCAAUCCGCAAUGGAUAGAAAUCAAGCAGGAGUUAUUCCCUGGGCAAUCACCCAUUGAUCGUCAUGACAUUACAGCCAGAGUCUUUAGACAAAAGUUGAAAUCUUUAAUGGAUUUCAUCGUGAAACAUUAUGUGUUUGGUGAGACACGCUGCUGGAUGUAUUCUGUGGAGUGGCAGAAACGAGGGUUGCCACAUGCACACAUUUUGAUUUGGUUGGUUGAAAAGAUAAGGCCAAAUGAAGUUGAUGCAGUGAUAUCAGCUGAAAUACCUAAUGUACAAGUAGAUCCUGAAUUGCAUGAGGUUGUUAUCAAAAACAUGAUACAUGGUCCAUGUGGUACUCUUAAUCAAAAUUCACCGUGUAUGAUGGAUGGUAAAUGUUCAAAACGAUAUCCAAGGACGUUAAUAUCAGAAACAAUUACUGGCAAUGAUGGUUAUCCACUGUAUCGUCGCCGAUCAAGAGUAGACAAUGGAAGAACAACAAUUGUCAAAUUAAAUCAACAAGAUAUUGAAAUAGAUAAUCGUUGGAUUGUUCCAUAUUCACCAAUUUUAUCAAAGACGUUCAAAGCACACAUAAACGUUGAAUCUUGCCAUUCAGUGAAAUCUAUUAAAUACAUUUGCAAAUAUGUAACCAAAGGGAGUGAUAUGGCUGUGAUUGGAAUUGGUGCAGAGAAUUGCAAUGAUGAAGUUACCCAAUACCAAAUGGGCCGCUAUGUUAGUAGUAAUGAAGCAGUUUGGCGAAUAUUUUAUUUUCCCAUUCAUGAGAGACACCCUUCAGUUGUUCAUUUAGCUGUGCAUUUAGAAAAUGGACAAAGAGUGUAUUUUACACCACAGAACGCAGUACAAAGAGCAGCUAAAGCCACCUUCUACUACAUUAACCAGUUUCUUUGA